CAGGAAAAAAAGUCGUUGAAAAAAUUAGGAAUAUUGAGAACAUGAUAAUAAAAAGUAUCACAGCAAGAAUGUUUAUUAUCUAAGUAGGCAAAUAGCUGUUUGUUUCUCUAUAGAAGGCUAUGGGAUUUUGGCUUCUUGGAGUCCUCUGGUACUUCCUGUUUGGAGCGCCAGGGGGCGGGGGUCACUCAAACCAGUUCUCAUAGACAGCCAAUGCUCUGAACUAAAUGUAAAAGUUUUCCAAAACUUUGUAAUUACACCCAAAAAAACUCACAAUUAAUCCCAAAUGUUAACCACCGUCUCAUCCCUGGAGUCAUCCAUCCUUCCAUUGGCUGUCGCUGCUUUGCUGCAUGUGAGCAGCAGCUCAGGCCGUAGCGCCUCUCUUACCACCCUCUCACCCUUUAACCCUCAUCAUUCUCAUCCCCCCACCCACACUGAAGAGGCGUCUGCUCUGUUUAUGACAUUUGAUGAUCUCUAUCCACUGCCUUUACUUCACAAACACAUCUUCCUCAUCUGUCUGCUCCACCAGCAUCAGCAGAGCAUCAUGGGAGUGCUACUGGACAGCAGCUGGAUGAGGUUCGGACCAGCUGGGAAAGGGUCGGACGACUGGGUGACGAGAUCACCAUCAGUCCAGGAGCAGCAGAACCCUCACUGGAAUGAGCCGGAGUCAGGAGAAGACAGGAGCUUAGAGUUUGUGCUUUAUGCUGUCCUGCCGGUCAUCUCCAUCCUCCUGCUGGUUCUCCUGGCUUCUCUGUUCUACCACUGCUGCUCCCGCGGUAAACUCAGCCUGGCCAACAUCGUCACUCUGAAUCUCAGGGAUGCCGACAGCAGUGCAGAGUUCCUGGCCUCCCUGACCAGGAACGCUGAGCGUCACGCCAGCACUACUUCCGAUGGAUCUGAUGGAGUCUUUGUGAUGGUCUACCUUUCUCCACCCUAUGAAGGAACGCUUUCCAGAAUCACCCGAGCUGCCAGCCUGUCCAGCUCCAAAGACGUGGAGUCAAUGAAGAUUGAAGAUUUGGAGGCCAAGUUGUGUCCUGACCUCAUGUCAAGCAGUCAAUAAGUACAAAGGAUGGCUUACACCACAGCAAAUGUCAGAAUAUUUGUUCAGAGAUCAAAAAACUUUGACCUUUUGAUAGUUUUGAUCUUAGUUCAAUGUUAGAAUUUGCCAUUGUUUAGUCAAAAUUACAAACUUUGCUUCCAGCAGACCUGAAACAAAGUAAAUCAGCAGCACAGAGCUGACACCUGCAGGAAAGUCAGAGCAAAGACAGUCAGAUAUCUGUUGUGAAGGCUCAUGCCUUCAGGAGUCCACAUAAUAACAAUGAUAAAUAAAUAAUGAUUCACACAGGCGGUUUGGCAGAGAACUUUACACCGGAUGCCCUUCCUGACAAAACCUUUUAUCUUAUCCGGGCCGGAGGCUGGGACCGUUCUGUGUGAAGCUUGCACGUUCUGCCAGUACAGGUGUGGGUUUUCUCCUGCAGCCCAAAAACAUGUUUCAUGAGGUUAAUUUGUGUUUGCAAAUUGCCCCUCUGUGUGAGUGUGGCCCUGUGACAAACUGGUAACCUAAUUAAAGUGUACUCCACCUUGCCCAACAGUUGCUGGGUUGGAACCAGCAACCCUGUAACCCCAAAAGGAAUUCAGUGGGUUCUGAAGGUGACUGGAUGGAUGUAAAGUUGCAAUAGUUAUUUUUUUAGAUGUGUUGGAGAGUUCUUUAUGCAUGUUACCAAACAGCCCUCCAUUACUUUUCUCCUCUGUAUUUCUAUCACCAUUUCUGCCUCACUGCUUGUGCUGACAGCACGUCUGCUAUCACCUUUCUAAAAAUUCAAGCCUGUUCAGGUUUCACAGAGCUGCUUCCUGCUAACUCCAUUGUGUUUCUCUGACAAGUUUAGUUUCCAUAAGUCAAGCUUCCUGCUGAGCCGUUUGGUUACUAGCAUGACUUUGCAUGUCGAUCGUUUCCUUUUGGCUCACAAAAAGUCGUACAUUAUUUUAUCUGCUUUAGCUUUGCUUUGUCAGCCAGGAGUUUUUUUAACCUUUUUCUGCAACCAUUACUAUUUUUCAAAAUUGUGUUGUACUUUUUA